AUCCCUUUAAAAACCAGCUGAAAGAAUACGUUUAGAAAAUAUUUGCUUCUUCCACAAGAAUUCUUCAAAUUUUCUUGAUUUCCUUCUUUUUCUCGUCAGCAAUGUUUGAACAGGAAGACAAUCCAUUUAGUGUAGAUGAAAUUGAGCCAAGAUUGUUUUUAGGCAACUGCACAGCAGCUCGAAACAUUCAAUUUCUGAAAUCAAAACAAAUAUCUCAUAUUCUUACGAUUGAUAGUGUUCCAAUACCCGCAUACGUUUGUUCGAGUGCUGCUGUCAUCAACAAGUAUAUUCAUAUUGCUGAUAUGACGAGAGAAAAUAUCUUGGAACAUUUCACUGUGUGUAUUAACUUCAUUGAAGGAGCUUUGAAAGAUCCCAAUGGAACAAAUGGUAUUCUUAUUCAUUGCUUCUAUGGCGUGAGUCGAUCAGCAACAAUUGCCAUCGCAUAUCUGAUGAAAAAGUAUUCUAUUAACUACCAAAAAGCCUUUGAACUAGCAAAAUCAAAACGAAGACUUGUUCAACCUAAUCACGGUUUUGUGUUGCAAUUGAAACUCUUUCAUAAAAUGGCUUACGAAAUAGAUCCAACUUAUAAGAAUUAUAAAAUUUUUCGCCUGAAACUAGCAGCUGAGCAAGUUAAAAGUGUGAAAAUUCUUCCUUCUUCUUUCUUGAAUCUUUUGGCUCCUGAUCCUGUACUUCAUCAGGAACGACCUGAUCCAAACGUUUAUCGUUGUCGAAAGUGUCGAAGGAUCGUAGCAUCGAAAUCAAAUCUUAUUCUACAUAAACCAAAAGAUCAAAUUAAUUCAUUUGAGACAUCUCAUUUGAACCAAAAAGGAAAACCAAACAAUUCGGUGCCGAAUCUUUUAGAUGACGAGCAGAUGGAAAAUCAAAAUCCAACAGUUAAUCUGAAUGAAGCAAUAUCAGAAUUAGCAGGAGAUUUAAUGGUUUCUACAAUAAGUGAAAAGCUACUUAAGAGAAAUCAUCCUGAUCCUCAACUUUGCACCAAAAUGUAUUUUAUAGAACCAAUGAUUUGGAUGAAAGAUGUUCCUAACAAUGUAGAGGGAAAACUUUAUUGUCCACAAUGUAAAAGUAAAAUCGGGAGUUUCAAUUGGAUAAUGGCAUCAAAGUGUCCAUGUGGAGCUCAAGUUUCACCGAGCUUUUAUCUUGUCCCAUCGAAAAUCGAAUAUUCGAACAUUGUCCAGAACAUGCAAGUCACUGUUUGAAGGUGAGCUCUAUUGGAUUAUUUCAUUUCUCAUCCUAAUGCUCAUAAUAAAAUCAUAAUGUAACCACUUCUUGGACCACUCUUAAAUGCUAUUUAUUUUCUAUACACUUAUUCAUGUCUCAAUCCUUAUCAUACAUACCUUGUCUUUUAUUAAAUAAAUCAAAAUUUAAUGUUCUUCCAUGUUUCUUACGUAUAAUUCAAUGCUAUGUCAGUAUUAAUGAAUAAAUUUUGUGAUUUGCUUGCUUCAAAGCUAGUAGCUUAAGAUAUAUGAUAUAUGAAUAAAAUUAAAAAAAUGUGAUUUUCUUUCCAUAGAAAUAAUUAUAAAAAAAUAAGAAAUGAAUAUCAUAAUUGAAUGACAAUAUAAAUUCGAAACAUUCAAUAAUCCAUGAAGAAAACAUUUUAGUGAUUGCAGCAGCGUCAUCACCAAAAUUGUCAUUCUGCAAUUGAUUAAAUAUUCAAAUAAACCCCAAAG